AUGCAAUUCAAAAACGCAAUAUUGAUUUUAUUAGUCUUUGUACUUCUUAUCUGCUCCAAUCCCUCUUCGUAAGUUUAUGCUAAAUCACUAAAAUCAUAGGCAUAAAGCACUGAACAAUCUAGUGGUUGUGGUAUGAUCGGAGCAAGCUGCAAAAGUUAGAGAUGUUGCAUGGGACAUUGCUUAUUUAAGAGAUGUGUGAUAUGA